AUGCUGGCGGCUGCGCACAGUCGACCCAGCAAGGCCGUGGAUACCAUGAAGAUCUUGCUGGAGAAGCGGGCGAAACUGGAGGUGGAAGAUGACCUGGGCUGGACUGCAUUACUGCACGCAUGCAGAAACAACAACGAGGAGGCCGCCCAGCUGCUUUUGCAGACCAAAGCGGAGGUCCAGAAGAAGGCGACCGACGGAAAGACUGCUGCAAUGAUGUGCGUCAUGGAGGGGGGCAACCGCUUGGUCAAGCUCCUUGCGGAGCGGAAGCUGGACCUGAUGGUCCCAGAUCAGAACGGCUGGACCUGCUUCUUUUUCGCCACCGACCGCUCCAACAAGGAGCUCAUGAAGUGGCUCCUGGACCUGGACGCCGACGCCUGCGCGGAGGCGGUGGACCUGCGGACCCCGCUGAUGCUGGCCUCCAUGAAUGGCAUCAAGGCCAUUGGCAGCCUUCUGCUCCGCUACGACGCCUACAUCGAUGCGCAAGACAAGCAGGGCUUUACCGCACUUCUCUACGCCAUCCAGGAGCGUCAGCUGGAGUUUGCGGAUUUCCUGGUGGAGAAUGAUGCCGACUGCACACUCAAAACAGACGAUGGCGUGGACGCAAUCGCUCUGGCGGAGCGCCAGGGCCUGCAUGCCCUGGCCCAGCGCAUGGAGGUGCGAAUGCGCAGGGAAGAGCGCGAGGAUGAGCCGUCGAAGGAUCGCAAGGCCUCCAAGCGCCGAGGCAAAGGAGCCAAGUCAUCAAAGUCAGCGAGAGGAGGACAGAGCCAUCGGAGCCGCGGAAGCAGUCCUGCAAGUAGUCCGCGGUCACAAGGUAGUCCGCGAGGAGGAAGUCCACGGGGAGGAGCAAGUCCAAGACGGAGUAGCUUGAAAGGGGCAACCAGCCCGCGCGAUAGUGAGGGUAGCCCCAGAAGUGCUCGCGCACGCCGGGCCAGUACAAGAGGAGAUGGUGACGGCAGCCCCAGAAGUGCUCGUGCGCGUAAGGACGGCAGUCCCAGAGACGGCCCAAGCACUGCAAGAGGUAGGAGGGCUAGUGCAAGAGGAGGUGAUACUCAAGCUGACGGUGACGGCAGCCCCAGAAGUGCUCGUGCGCGCAAGGACGGCAGUCCCGGAGACGGCCCAAACACUGCAAGAGGUCGGAGGGCUAGUGCAAGAGGAGGUGAUACACAAGCUGACGGUGACGGCAGCCCCAGAAGUGCUCGUGCGCGCAAGGACGGCAGUCCCAGAGACAGCCCAAACACUGCAAGAGGUCGGAGGGCUAGUGCAAGAGGAGGUGAUACUCAAGCUGACGGUGACGGCAGCCCCAGAAGUGCUCGUGCGUGCAAGGACGGUUCUUCCCCGGCAACUGGAGCAAAAGGUGGCCGAAGUGCUCGAAAGCAGAAUACGAAGGACCCAGAUUCGUAG